AAGAUUUUUUUUUCUCGUAGUCUUCCUUUGAUGUGAGGAAGCAGAGCAGCGUGCAGAGAGCAACAUUCAAGAUGUGGAGAUGCACUGUAUGGAGAGAGUGAGUUAGACAGAGAUGAUGGGGGAGGAGAAAUGAAAAAAGGAUAGUUUUAACACCUCUGCUUGUUUCCUUUCACUUCACUUGUAUAUGUUGCUUGCUCUAUACAUUGCUUCGUGUGUUUCUCAGCUAAGUUACUGAUGGACUACGUUUUGCUGCUGGUGCUCAUGCAGGCUGUCCUCACUGUCUAUGCACAUGAAAAUACAACUAGCAAUGAAACAUCUUUUACUGCUAGUCCUUCUAUUUCUCCCACCAUGUCUACAGUUAAAACCACCCCAACAAUGUGAAGCUGCCACCAGCAUUGGGCAGGAUAAAGUUGGAAUGGUUGAAAGAAAACCCGUGCCAGGGCACCAUACAUUUCUCCAUAAAUUUUACUAAAAGUGUAAAGCGUCUGUGUAGAAAUGAAGACAUUGUAAAGACAGAAUUGGGCACUGAGUUAUGUGAAGAGAGGAGAUGUGGAGAGUUUAUUGGCUUCAAGUACUCUGAGACUAAAAAUGGCUAUAUGAUCCAUCAAAACUUAACUGUAACCACUGACACAGAGUGCUCGAAAGUGUUUAUUACUUGCAAAGAUAAAGAUCGCAAAGAACUGGUGACCUAUAAAGUUAUAACAGGCUUGUUACUGACACUGAUCAUUGGCGUCCUUCUUAUUCGAUUUGCACAGCCAACGUACACCGCUUUCCGCAAGAGAUUUUCACAAAAGCGACAGAAUCGUUGGAUUGGGCCGACCCAAAGUCAGAGUGUGUCCUACCAUAGAGGGCAGGCCAGCAAUCCCAAUAACAAUACAAUGAAGAGAACAUCCUAUCCUGGUUUGGAAAGACUUACGGUAAAUCCCAGCAGAGAGCCUUCGUCGAACAGGAACAGUGACUACGACUCAUAUGGCAAUUAAGCUCCUUCCGUACAGUGUAGGAGUUUGUGAAAAUACUUAUUUUGAAGGCUCUGAUGUUUCGAUGAUCAACAUGCUACUUUUACUAGCCAGCCUGAUAUUACAACUUCUAAAUUAUGCAGAAUUCUGACUUCUGAUUGAUGUGCACCAAAUUGUUCUAUCACUAUUAAAUUUAGCAUUCAGAAAUUUUCUACUCAUUCAUCUGUUUUCAAAUAUUUGGUUUUGGUAUAAUAUUUAUGCAUAUAAGUACAUGUAUACAUUUUUGUGUAUACAUGUUUCUGAUAAACCAGUCCCACAUGGCAUGCUAAUGAGUAUCGCUUAUUUAUUGGGUUUCCUUUUUUUGACCUGAGAUUGAUACAUAAACCUAACAUAAUUGUUUUUUAUAUGCUUGUUUUUACUCUUAGUAUUCAUAGUGUAAAUCAUCUUUUGCUGUUAUAUUAUUUAGAUUGUAUAUAUUUUGUUAAUGCUUUACUUUCAGGUUCCUGUAACUAACAUUUUGAAUUUCUGUGAGUUAUGUAAACAAUCUUUCUUACUGCAUGAACAAAUUAUGAAUGCUAGCAUUAAUAACCCAUAAGUACUGUGGACAAUGUAAUUUAAUGUGUGUAUUGAUUCAUUUUUGUUAAAUUGGUAAUGAAUUACACCUGUAUUGGUUGUUUUUUUUAUGAGUACACAUAAACUAGUAUAAAAAAUGGUGAGGCAAUCUGUAGUUUCUGAAUUGAUUUCAGGACUAAAUACUGUUUUUCAGCAUUGUAUUAUCUCAUUUAUACCAUUUUACAUUGAUUGAGGUGUUGGUUCAUCUUGUUCACUGUGGGAUUUAUUUUACUCCCUGUUGGUAUGAACAUUGAUUUGUUCCGGUUACAAUGUCAGUUACAUGAACCUUAACAUGAAGUGUUUCCACUAUUUUUUUAUUUCAUAAAUAAAGAAAAAAUGAAUAUC